CCAAACAAGUCCAAUAAGACAAACUUGUCAAAAAUAAAAAUAAAAAUAAAAUAAAAUAAACCUCUCACUAGACCAAUUCUUUCUCGUUGAAGACAAAAGGAAUACAACAAUCCAAACGAUGGUUACAAAAGCAAGAUAAAAGGUUCAAUAAAAAUUUAAAGCUUAAAAUAUAUCUAUUGAUUUCGAUCUCGGGGUGGAUAUAUUUUGAUAGCUCUUCUCAAUUUUUUCUAACAGAAAUGGUCAAUUCAUUCCUAGUCAUUUUACGUUUCUGGCGAUUGGGGGCAAACACUAAUUACUAUCCCUGAUACGUGUUACGUGUUACGUGUACACCCAACCGAGUCAGUCAAGGAUUCUUGUUAGUGCAAUGAAGCAAAUCCACCUUCAUCGAGUGGAAACUAGCAGAAACACUUUAUAAACCCCAGAAACAUGACCCAAAACCAACAGCUUAUAACUGUAACCUCUCUCUCUCUCUCUCUCUCUCUCUCUCUCUCAAUAGUCAGAAGCCGAUUUUCAUUAUCUUUGAGCUUUGAAGCUCUUCUUCAGUUUUGAGUUCAUACCCUUCAAGGCUCCAUGAAAAUAUCAGAAACCCCAAAGAAUAACAAGUUCAUCCCUAGGAGAUUAAUCUCAAGUCUCAUCUCUUCCUCUAAAACCCUUUCGUCUUCCUAUUUAUUUCCAAGCUCUCGCUCUAGUGUUCCCUCAACACCUACGGUCAAAUUCUCCCAAUCCAUGAUGGAAGAAAACAUUGAAAAUGCUGGAUCAAUCAUCUUCAAAUGGGAUCCAAACUCUUCCUCGAAGACGAAAGUCACCUCUCUCUUCCACCAUAACAGAAAAGAAGCGAACGAGUUUCUCAAGUCUGUUAAGGACUUGCGACGAGCUAUGCAUUUCUUAAUCAAUGAAAAUUCUACGUCCAAGAAGCUCAUACUUGCUCAGAACCUAAUGCAAAUAGCCAUGAAAAGGCUUGAAAAUGAGUUUUACCAGCUUUCCAAAAACCGUGACCAUCUUGAUCCAGACUCAGUACCUGGGCAGUCCACUGGUGGAUCAAGAAAUUCCGUUGGUGAAGAUGAGGUUCGAGCAGAUGAGUUUGAAAUUGCUGGUGAGUCAAUCACUGAGGUGGAGAAACUCUCAGCAGUUGCCAUGACAGAUUUGAAAUCAAUAGCCGAAUGCAUGAUUAGUUCAGGUUAUGGAAAAGAGUGUGUGAAGAUAUACAAAGUUAUAAGAAAAUCUGUAGUAGAUGAAGAAUUAUCUCAUCUUGGAAUAAAAAAUUUCAGAUCUUCUCAAAUUCAUAAAAUGAACAGGGAAGACCUUGAGCAUAUGAUAAGGACGUGGAUGAAUGCAAUAAAGAUUGCUGUGCGAAGGCUGUUUAGUGGAGAAAGAGUCCUCUGUGACCAUGUGUUUUCAGCAUCUGAGACAAGCAGGGAGUUAUGCUUUUCAGAAAUAACCAAAGGAGGAGCAAUCAAUCUAUUCAGGUUCCCUGAACUCAUUGCCAUGAGGACAGUCAGAAAGCAUUCGCUGGACAAGAUCUUCCAGCUAAUGGAACUUUAUGAAGCAAUCUCCGAGUUGUGGCCAGAUAUUGAACUGAUAUUCGAAUUUGAAUCAACUUCAGCUAUCAAGUUACAGGCUCUUUCAUCACUACUCAUACUGGGAGACUCCAUUCGCACUAUUCUAUCCGAAUUAGAAUCAACAAUCCAAAAGGACUCAUCAAGAACUCUGGUGUUUGGGGGUGGAGUUCACCCGCUGACCCACUCAGCAAUGACUUACAUAUCUUCACUUGCAGAUUUCAAUGGUGUUCUGUCCAACAUCGUUGUGGAUAGCUCACCAUCAUCAACUUCACCACUACCAGAUUCUUAUUUUGAGAGUCCACCCAUGGAAAAUGGUCCAACGCCAGCAGUGUCGGUCUACCUAGCAUGGCUCAUAUUGAUUCUUGUCUGCAAGCUUGAUAGCAAAGCUAAACUCUACAAAGAUGCCUCUUUAUCGUACCUAUUCCUUGCCAAUAAUCUCCAGUUCAUUGUUGAGAAGGUAUGCACAACCAACCUGAAGCACCUCCUAGGCACUGACUGGGUAUUGAAGCACACCGAGAAAGUUAAACAAUGUGCUUCACACCAUGAAUCAAUAGCUUGGACUAAGGUCAUCUCAUCAUUACCAGGGAAAGAUUCAGCAGAGAUUACUCCUGAGAUGGCAAAGGAGUGCUUUAGGAGGUUCAGUGCAGCUUUUGAAGAAGCAUACAGAAAACAGACAUCAUGGCUUGUACAAGACGGAAACUUAAGGGAUGAAUUGAAGGUGUCGAUAGCAAAGAAACUGGUUCCUGUGUAUCAAGAAUUUUUUGAUACAUAUUUCAUGAUGCUAAGUGGGGAGAAUAAUAUGGAGUUACUGGUGAGAUUUUCACCUGAUGAUUUAAGGAAUUACUUAUCAGAUUUAUUUCUUGGGACUUCCACCUCAGGUUGUUCUACUUCUACAUCAUCAUUGCAGUUAGGGGGAUGUCUACCCCGCUAA